AUGCAUGGGGCAGGUGAUGCCGGCACAAGCCGGGAAUUCAUCCUCGGCUCACGCGAAGACUUCGACAAGUACAUAAGAUGGGCUGACAUCAAGUUUGUCCGUGCAGCAUAUUUGGUACAGCUGCACGAGCAAGGGGAGGUGUGGCCAAGGAGACAAGAGGCAGCUCAAGUGAAAGACGCCUUGAUUUCCAUACCGACCAAGUUCGUUGCGCUGUCCCACAUGUGGGAAGCACGUGAGCACCCCGAUCCCUUCGGGUUCCAGGCUACGCUGCUAGUUUCAGCUAUCAAGGCAAGGCCACGUGCUGAGUGGGACGAUGUGGGCUUUUUCAUCGAUUACAUUUCCUUCCCUCAGUUCAGGCGCUCGGACCACGAUGAGAUUCAUUUCCGUCGUGGAACGCAGCACAUGCAUCUGCUUUUCUGCAAUACCAGCGCAAGCUUCUGUAAAGGUGUCUGGUCCAUUCCUUGUCGCACACCUUUCUGGAGACUGCAGAAGUUUGUUUAUGGCACCUGCGGCUGCAAAGGCAUACCUGUGUACAGCGUCGCUGCAGGCGAAGGGGACGAAGGCAAAGUGGUAACAGUGCCGCUUGGACGCCUGCAACUUGGGGACCACCGUGGGAAGUGUGGUCCAGGCUGUUUCGACCGCUGUCCCAACCUCCACUUUAACAACACAGAGUAUAACAGACGCGCGUGGUGCCGUGUUGAAGUGGAAUGGGCCGCUCCGUACAUAGUCGACCUAUCAGUGAAUGAGACACAUUGGUUCCCCGACCUCUGCUGCAAUCGCCAUUGGGAAGUGGUCAAGGGCUGUCUCUCAGGCUUUGACAGGUUCUUACAUCCUCAUGUCGCAUGCUUGCUGUGCUGCUUCCUCACAGUCUUCGAACACGGAGCCGCAGAAGUAGCAACUCGCAGAGCAACGCUGACAUCCGAAGCGUUUCUUGCUGCAUCUUCUUUUUUCUUGACCCUGGCCAUCUGUGUCGUUCAUGCACUGCAUGGCCGUCCUGCACUUUCUGCCAAGACUUGCAUGGCAUUGGCCAUGGCAGCUUGGGUCGGUCUUGCAGUGACAUUUCGUGUUCUGAUGGUGGGCAAUCCUCGGUUUCUUUUUCUCCACCUGCCUCCUUUCCUGGCAGCUGCCGCAGCCGUAAGACUUGCAGAGCACAGAAAUGCGCUCGAUCUGGUUGCCGCCUACCGUAGCAUGGAUUUAUCACCAGAGGUCUUGACGCCAAGCUCCACAGUGCCCAUGAUGCCUUCGGAGUUCCAGACGAUGGCGAGGGAGCAGCAAAUCAGAUUCACACACAAGGAAGACCUGAAGCUCGUCUUGGAUUUGCAGAAGCAGGUCUUUGAGGAUAAAGCCCUUCGGGUUGAGGUCUUUGUGGUACACAUGCUGUCCUCGCCCUUGAGCAGCAAGCUGCCGGACCUCAUCGAUCACUACAAGAACUUGCAGAGCUUCGACUUGCGAAGGUCGGUAGUGGAUCUGACGAGCAGUGUUCACUUGAUCAGGAAUCUGCUGCGCAAGCCAGGCAUGCGGUCGCUGAAGUUCUGCAGUGUCGACUUUCAGCCCGCUGCUAUCAAGAAGCUGGCCGAAGGGCUGACAGGAAACGGCUCGAACAGGCACAGCCUCAGCGAACUGGUCCUUGAAGAUUGCAGGCUGCAAGACGACGAUGUCGUGUCUUUGGCAGAGGCUUUGAUAUCUGAUCACACGCUGAGGACGCUCAGCCUGGCAAUGAAUCACUGCCGGGACGCCGGAGCCCUUUCCCUUGGGAAGGUGCUUCAGGAAAAUGGGUCCCUCAGGCAUUUAAGCCUGAAGUUCAACUGCAUAGGGCAGCAAGGCGUCUUCUGCCUGCAGCAACUUGGAAGUCGCCUAGAAAGCCUGGAGCUCGGAUUCAAUUGUCAAGAUCGCCUUCCACCACCCUGGUGGACCGUUCUUCGGCUUUGGCGCUGGGCCGCUUACCGAGUUCCUUGGCGCGUCGGUCUGCGGUUUGCACAUGUCAUCCGCCAUGUAACAGCCAUGUGUAUGUACCUUAGAGCCUUGCGCAGCAUCGCAUUGCAGCUGUUAAACAGCAUGCUCUGGCUACCGCCUGCCGGGGAAGAUUAUGCUAAUGCUCGCCAGAGGGAAGGGUGCAAGUUCGCUAAAGCUUCGCAAAGGUCGAAGCAGCGACCUUCAAGGAAACCGGGUGGGUGA